AGGACUGUAAGGAAUCCUUCUCCCUGAGGAGAAGGGAGCAGCAGGAACCAUCAGCCUGUGAACUGACUCUAAACCCCAUCCCCCUGUGCCACUGGGGGGAAGGAGGGAGAGAAAUGGGGAGCAAAGUGAUUUGGGCUCGGAGAAGAAGGGAGGGGUGGGGUAACAUAUGGAAGCCCUGCUCUUUGUGUUGUCUGUCUCCUGUGUGUGUUUGUUUAGUGUGAAAUUAAAUUAUUUUUUUUCCCCCAAGUUGAGCCUGUUUUGCCUGGGACCUUAAUCAGUGAAGAACCCUCCUUGUCCUUUGUCUCAACCCAUGAGCUUGUAGUUGGGUUUGACCUGAGCUGAGCGAGUGACCACUGGGCUGGUUCCUUGCUAUUGUUCUAGACCCAAACCACGACAUUUGAUGGCACCCCAGGUGGGAUCGAGACAAGGACAAAGAAUAAGGAGAGGUAUUGGGCAAAGCAGGGACUGAAGUGUGAUUAUGAGGAACUUUGGUGGUUCACAUUGUGGUAAAUGGAUGAGGAGUGGGUUGUCUGUAAAUUAUCCCUUUUCCAUUUGGUAUUUUGCUGCUAUUUUUAUUUUGGUCUGGGUUUUUUCUUGCUGUGUGAGUAAGGUUUGUGAGAAGUUGGUAAUUAAUGUAGAUGUUGCUAAUGAUUUUUUCCUAUGUGAUUCGCAGAGGGGUGGAAGUGGCUUUGAAUUCUGGUGAGACCUGUAGAGGUUCUGAAGGAUACAGUGGUGGAGCUCACUGUUAAAACUGGUUCAAUAGUCCUUCCUAAUUGGGCUGCAAGGCUGAUGGUUGUGCAGCUACAGCUGCUGGAGCCUUGCAGGGGCCAUUAAGCAGGAAGGUGCAUGAAGUGGUGCAGUGCUGCUGAAAAGUCUACCCUAGGGGCAGUUUUUCUGUCAACAAGGUUUAAGAGCAUGAAGCAAUGUUUGUUUUAAGCAGGCUUGUAUCGAUGUGCAGAAGUUGCAAUUUGAAGUCUUAAACUAGUAGUUCCUCUCCAUGCUGAAUAGGGCAGUGGCAGGAUAAGGGGUAACAGUUUUAAACUGAAAGAGGGGAGAUUUAGGUUAGACAUCAGAAAUAAAUUCUUCACCAUGAGGGCAGUAAGGCCCUGGAAUAGGUUGCCCGGGGAGGUUGUGGAAGCCCCCUCCCUGGAGGUGUUCAAGGCCAUGUUGGAUGAGGCUUGUGCAGCCUGGUCUAGUGUGAGGUGUCCCUGCUUAUAGCAGGGGGGUUGGAACCUGAUCGUCUAAGGUCCUUUCCAACCUGAACCAUUCUAUGAUUUAUUCUAUGAAUUCUUCAACAACAUGGUAGCCCAGAAAUUUGGGUGCCAGCAGCUGUUGACUGGUACCUUUGCAUGUAGGUGACAGUAUUGCAACGGCCUCAAGCGUGACUGCUGUGUGAUGUUUUCAGCACACUGUUCACUUGGGAAAUCCCUCUGUCUGCAGCAGAGAUUCAGCAGAGAUAUGUGUUCCUGCUCACGGAGUGCAAGCCCCAGUGUUCUGCCCUGUCAGGGCUCUGCUUCCAGUGCUGUCAAGUGCGAUUUGUGCAACAGAUGCUCUAAUUGAUUUGUAAACGUGGGCUCUACUUCAGUGGUUAUUGCCUGUCUUAGCAUGAUGUUGUUUGAGGUUGCCUUUACAGCAGAGGCUUUAGCAACCCCAGUUCUUCCAGCUGAAUGACUAUCAUGGAAAUGUUGUCAAGUGUGUUAAAACGUUUUGCUUUACUACUACAUGUAGUUGCAGAGGGAGUGUUAGAGCGUCAUGAAAACACGGCUAUUUGCCUGUUAUGUUCAGCCUCUUAACAUUGAUGACUUGAUUUCACAAAACUUUCUCUUCCUGGAUUUGAGUUAAACAACUUCUGCUGUCACUUGGCAUUGGAUCUGCCUACAAGACAAAACACAAGUUUUGUGUGUUUUGUCUUUUGUUGGGUGUUUGGUGACAUUUCAGCCAAGUGAUCUGUGCAGUGAAGCCAGGAUUCAGUAACGUGCGGUUGGGUCACAGGGAACACUGUGCCUGGGGCAAUCUGUCACUUGGCACUGCUGCUCCCCGAGUGAGCCAGAAGAGUUUAAGUGUUGCACUUGGUACCUCUUCUCGAAAGUAUCUUCCCUCAGUAAGUUCAGCUACUAGCUCGGCUGCAGUGAUUGAGCUGCUUCUCAAGAUUUCUAAUCAAAAUGGAGUAUUUAAGUUAUCUUGGCAUCUGACUUUGCAAAAUGGCUUGUCCUGCUCGUUUGGAGUUAAACAUUUGACUUCCUGACAUCUUCAUUUUCAGAGGCUGCAAUUUGGGUUUGAUCUCCGCUCAAGACCACUGUUUACAUGAAGGGCCUGAAAUUACUGAAAUUGCAGGAGGAAAGCAUUUCAUAUUCUCUUCAGGCGAGCUGAACUUGUAUCAGGUUUUAAAUGGAAUCAUCUUGACACAAAUGAGGCAGCUCUCUCAAGUGUGCACAAUUCAUGCUUCCAGAAAUAGCCAUGAUACAUCUGGGGGGGAGCUUGGGGUUUUUUUAGGUGCUAGAAUUAGCAGUAGUCUUCUGUUUUACUGGAUAUCUUGAUCUGUGUUCCCUCUUCUUCUUUGAGCUUUGGUGAAGAAUCUUUUCUUUUUCUUUUCCCGCUUUUUUUUUUUUCUUCUGAAGGGCUUGUUUGUCACCUCAUGCUCAUGAAUUCCUUUUUCUGAACUGUACGCAGUCUUUGAUGUGGAGUAACUGCUCUAAAACCCAGCUGCCUGAUUGGCUACAGCUGAGCUUGAUAAUCUUGGUGUAGGAAAUAGAUGGUGCUACAUGUCAGAUCUAGUGUACAUUUGCCUCUAAGAGUGGGUUUACUCCACAUCUUAAACAUUCGUGGAUUGUUCUGUGGGGUAUACACAGCAAGCCUGCUUGACUUGGCUCUUACAUGGGACUCUUGGCAAACUCACAGCCACCUAAGGCCUUUUCUGUAUCAGGUCUGAUUAGAAAGUAGGACUUCCUCUUUAAAGAGAAACAGAUCCUGAAUUUAAGAUACGCAGGUUUUAUCCCUUAGUCUGUCGUUCUUCUGUAUUACAGCAGGUUCCCAGACCUGCAGGCUGUUUUCUACUUGGCCUUUUUUACCCCCAACCUCACCCUGGACCAGGAGAGCUUUCUAGCAGUGGUUUUAACAGUGCUGUGUUCCUGUGAGAAGCUUCUGCUUUGGACAAAUUGGUGAAGGAGGAGAUGUAUUUAAUUCUGGCUGGUCUGUGAGGAGGUGAGGGCAGGGUUGGCAGAUGCCCUUGUCUGUUCCUGCAUGUCAGGCAUUAUUUGGCACUUUGAAUCAAAUCAAGGCAGCUGUGUGUGUGGGCAACUUACAGGAGAUAUAGCUGCCAGCUUCUCCUUGGAAGCCCUGGUAAUCUAUUUUUACUACUGCUUGGGGGUGACUCCUGGUGUGUGAGGUGGCAACAAUUCGGAGACAUUUGAGUCCUAUGGACCCUCCUGCAAACAAGAAGAGCACAGGCUCUUCCAACAUUUUAUUCCAGUGCUUUUCCUCCCUCUGGCAAAGCUGCCUGCUCAUGACAUCUUAUUCUUGAAGCUGCAAACUCUGCUCUGUGAGUGCUGUGCCUGCAGCCAGCUUAGAAGGCUUCAAUCUAUUCUCAAAUUCAUGUUGGCUAUGGACUGAGCUGCUGGGACUUACUGCAGGCCUGGAAAUUCAAGUAUGCAGGUAGGAGUGAGGACCCUGGAGGAUCUGCUGUGCCUGUGCUCAUUGCCCAAGCAGAGAAGCUAUUCCAGCUGUUUGUGUCCCACACAGCUCUGCUGAGAUCUGAUCAGCUUGCAGGAGUCUUGGCUGAUGCUGCUACAAGGUCAGUGUGUCAGCUCUGUCUUGGGAAGGAGGUAGGGAGAAAGGAGACUUUGGUGAUCAGACUGUCUUCCCUCAUGCCUUUAUCAUGAAGGCACGUUCUCCUUGAGCUGCAGCAGGGUAAAUGCAGCCAGCAUCACCUGCAGGUGAGCAUUCCUCUACUGAACCAACAUCAGAAGUGGCAGCAGGGUCACUGGCCUUUAUAGUUUGCCUAAUGAGAGGCAGGAGGAAUGAGAAGCAAAGCAGAAACCCAGUUUCCAACCAGAGCUGGGGCACAGGCCCAGCGGUGCCUUCCCCAGGCUCUCCUGCUUGUGCGCGCAGGCAGCAGCACGUUCCUCAGCACAUUCCUCACUCUCCUGCCUCUGUUGAGCUUUGUAUCCUGGUAACAUCGCUCCUGGUAAGGUGCAGAGAACUCCCUGCAAUCCUUUCAGCUGCUGUGAGGGCUGGAGCUCUGAGAAGCAUGAACAAAACUCACCCCCAGAGAAAUGGUGAUGUAGCUACUUUUGGUUCCACAAAGUCCUGCUCUGAAGAAAGAGCCCGGUGCUGGCCGCCCAGCUGCACCAGGAGACGUGUCUGCAUCUUGGCCACAGCUCUGCUCAUCCUCACUGCCACCAGCUUGGCAGUGGCACUGGGGCUCCUGCCACGUGCACCAGUGAACCGCUUCUGUGCAGCCUCCAAUAACCGGACAGGCUUCUUGUGUGAUGACAGAGCAACCUGCAUCCUGGCCAGCCAGGUCUGUGACAGAGCUAGCAACUGCAGGAAUGGAGAGGAUGAGCAGGAGGAACUCUGUGGUGACCUGCCCCACAGCCUCCCAGGAUACCUGGUUUUCCACUGCAGUGAUCCAGCCUACUGGAUCUAUGCUGAUCAGAGGUGUAACGGGAUCAACGACUGCGGAGACUGCUCUGACGAGAUGGGCAGCUUGGCUGCCUGCCCCCCGUGUGGGCUGGAGUGGUGGAGCUGCACUCCUGUGCUCUACGAGUUCUGCUCCUGCAUCCCCAGGAGGCUGUGUCGGGAUGGUGUCCAGCACUGCACCACCUGGUCUGAUGAGUACAUCUGCCCACCAUGAAGUCUUGGCACCCAGCAGCACUGGAGACCACAGGGUGCUUCCUGCAUGGUCACUUUUGAGCCUUGGUGCCCUCCUGCUCUGCCACCCACUUGGGAAGCUUCACCCAAGCAAGUCCUCAUCAG